GCGCGUGUGGGACAGACGCGCCGCGAUGGUGGGCCGCGACAGCCGCUCGGAGAGCGCGGCGCGCCCCUGGGCGCCGCGGCAUGAGUAGCGCGCCCGUCAGGCCCGGCCCGUGCGCCAGCCAUGGCGCAGGCCGCGCCCGCGCCCCAUCGCACCCACUCCUUCGCCAAGAAGACCUUCCACAAGCCCACCUACUGCCAUCACUGCUCGGACCUACUGUGGGGCCUCAUCGGGCAGGGAUACGGCUGCGAAGUGUGCAACUUCAUUGUGCACGAGCGAUGCGUGGGGCAAGUGGUAACACCAUGCUGUGGAGUGGCGCCGAGCCUGAUCAAGAACCCGGUGGCUCAUUGCUGGUCGGAGCAGACACAUCACAAGCGCAAGUUCUGUACGGUGUGUCGCAAACGUCUCGAUGAACUGCCAGCCUUACAUUGUAUGAUAUGCGAGUACUACGUGCAUGCGGAGUGCGUGGACUUCGCAGCCGCGGACUGCAAGGAGAACGCGACAUACUGUGCGGGCAGCGAGCCGCGACACGUGCACCACUGGCGCGAGGGCAACCUGCCGGCCAACUCCAAGUGUGCCGCGUGCCGCCGCGCCUGCUGCUCCACCGAGUGCCUCACCGGCUACCGCUGCGAGUGGUGCGGUACCACAUGUCACGCGGGAUGUCGGGCGCUCAUCUUGGAAGAAUGCAACUUCGGCAUGCUUCAACCAAUUUUCCUGCCUCCAUCGGCAGUAUCCAUCCCGCGCACCGAGGUGCCAAUGGAGGCCAUCAUCGGGGUACACGUGCGCCCCCCGCCCUCGCAGAGAGACUUCGGCUGCCCGCGCGGCGCAGCGGGCGGCUGGGGCCCGGCGCGGCUGGUCACGCUGGCGCGGCGCCUGCUGCCCGCCGCCUGCACUCCGCACGGUGGCGCCUCGCCCCCCUACUCCCGAGCGCGCAGCGUCAGCGAGGAGUUCAGCUCGGGCUGCGAGGGACGUUCGGGCUCCGGUGGGGGCUCCACUGGCGCGCCUGCCGACCAGGAACAUCGGCCGGACCACAAGCAACACCGUGAUCGAACACCAGAUGACAGAGAUGAAGAAGUAGUUAAGGUGUAUGAUGGCGAAGCGGCGUGGUCACGUCGCCUCUACCGCCCAGUGGUCGUGGGCAGGAACUGGAAUGAACGUGAGCUCGUGUCGGCCGCCCUGAGGGCGUUCCACGUGGCUCGCAACCCUGACCAGUUCGAGCUGACGGACGCGCUGGCUGGCGACGAACCACCGCUUAAAGAUCCAACGCCACUCGCCCAUGUCACCAGGCUUCCAAACAAACGACCCGCGCUAUUCUUACGCUUCAAGGAGUCGGAGUUCGGCGGUGGCGAAGUACGCGUGUACCCGGGCCGCAUCGCGGGCGCUGGCGAGACCUUCGUGACGGUGCCGUGCUGCGGAGACGACACCGUCUCCGACCUCAUGGCGGCAGCUCUGGAGCGCUUCGGCCUCAACCCAUGCACCGCCUCCGACUACCGCUGUUCCGAGAUACUGCUCGAUCGCGGCGGUGAGAACUGCAACUUAUCGGAGCGCGUUCUGGAAGAGGAGGAGCGUCCGUGGCGCAUCGUGGUCCGGCUGGCGCGCGAGUCGGUGCGGCGCAUGGAGCUCGCGCGGUUCUACCUGCAGCCGCGCCGCGACCCGCACGGCCCCACCCUCGCGCUCUUCGUGGCCUCGCUGCCUCCCGGCCUCUCCGAGCGCAACUACGAGAACAUCUUAGUCGAAUUCCUAGGCACAGAAAAUAAGUUUACAUCGAUCGGGCCGAUCUAUUACGAAUACGGUUCGAUGGUGAUAACGUAUGAGGACGCGAGCAAGGCGGUGCGCGCGUUGUACGCUCUCAGAGAGGCCAAAUAUGAAGAUAAGCAUUUAUUAGUUAUGCUCCUGCCCAGCAUCGAGCCCACGAUGGUGCCAGAAGGCGUGAAACCCCUGCUGGUCUUUGUCAACGUCAAGUCGGGCGGAUGUCAGGGCUUGGAGCUCAUCUCCUCCUUUAGGAAACUCCUCAACCCUUACCAGGUGUUCGACCUUGAAAAUGGAGGUCCUUUGCCUGGGCUGUACGUGUUUCGUCACAUUCCCAACUACAAGAUCCUGGUGUGCGGCGGUGAUGGCACCAUAGGCUGGGUGCUGCAGUGCCUCGACAAUGUCGGCCAGGACUCGCAGUGUUCAAAUCCACCAUGCGCUAUUGUUCCACUUGGCACCGGUAAUGACCUAGCUCGUGUUUUACGAUGGGGCUCCGGGUACACAGGCUGCGAAGAUCCUCUAUCCUUGUUGCGUGAUGUUAUUGAUGCCGAAGAGAUCCGUCUCGAUCGCUGGACCGUCGUCUUCCAUCCCGAGGAUAAGCAAGACGAACCAAAAGAACUAUCCAAACAGCUUCCUGCAUCUGUGACCACAGGAUCUCAGAGCGAGGACAACUCGCAGAUCCUGGUAAUGAACAACUAUUUCGGGAUAGGCAUCGAUGCAGACUUAUGUCUCGAUUUCCAUAACGCACGUGAGGAAAACCCGAACAAGUUCAACAGCAGGCUGAGAAACAAAGGUGUUUACGUGAAGAUGGGCUUGCGUAAGAUGGUGGGUCGUAAGAUGUGCAAAGAUCUGCACAAGGCGGUCAAACUUGAAGUGGACGGUCGACCUGUGGAACUGCCAGCUGUCGAGGGAAUCAUCAUACUUAACAUACUUAGUUGGGGUUCUGGCGCAAACCCGUGGGGUCCGGAGAAGGACGACCAGUUCAACAAGCCGAACCACUGGGACGGCAUGCUCGAAGUGGUCGGCGUCACCGGGGUAGUGCACCUUGGACAGAUCCAAUCCGGUCUACGCGGGGCGAUGCGGAUAGCGCAGGGCGGACACAUAAAAAUCAACCUCAAAAGCGAGAUUCCGGUGCAGGUGGAUGGCGAACCGUGGGUGGCAGCGCCUAGCGAAGUAGUGGUCCUCAAGUCAGCUUUAAAGGCCACGAUGCUGAAGAAAACGAAGCGCGGGUCGGGCGGCGCGGGCUCGGCGGCCCCGUGACGCCCGCGCCCCGCCCCGCUAGCGAGCCGCGCCCCUUCCGCAGGCCACGAUGCUGAAGAAGCGUGCGGCGGUGCGGCGUCGCAACACGGAGCCGGCGAUGCCGCCGCGCGCCCGCCCGCCUGCACCGCCGCCGCCCGACUCCUGAAUCUGGCUGAGCGAGCGGCUCAUCUGAGGGCCGCGCCCGCCUCGGGCUCAAGGCCGGCGCGCGCCCCGCCGCUCGCUGUCCGAACGAACGGACGAACCGCGUGCACUGUACAUACAUUUAACUACAAAAUGCUAUUAUUACUACAAAUUACUUAUAAUAAAAUAAUAAAUUUAUAGUCAUAGUCGUUGUUUUAUUUUUUUUUGUCUAAACUUUCUCGUGUAAAAAAAUAAACACUGAACUUAUACGUAUUCGGUACUUUUCGUUUAUUCUUUUUUACCGCGGCAAAGACCCGCCAGUCUAUAUAGUUCGAAUGAGCGUUCGUAAUGGUGACGACAUAGAUCAUUAAUUGUUAGAUUUAAACUUAUUAAAAAUGAAAAACAAAAAUAGUAAAUACUCGUUCAAAAAACUCACGUUAGUGUGACAUCAUUUUUAAUUUACUUUGCUUUAGUGUUUUAUCUGCAUAUGCGGAGCUAUCUGCUGAAUAGUUCGUUUUCUUCGGGAAUCAUUUUAAAUCGGUAUCUAUUAAGUAAUUAAAAGAUUAAAACUCAUAAACGCAUCGCAACGCAUAUUGGUCAUCAAAAUUGUUUUUCAUUCAGGUAGGCCUUUGUAGGCACUUUCAAAUCGUCAUAACUUUACCAACAAUAAGCAAAAGUAACUGGUUACUUCAUUGCUUGACCGAUUUUAGUUUCUCUCCUCCAAACGGGAUACUCAACUUCAGUAGAACCAUACUAUCUCACGACCAUACUGCCAAACAAUCCCAAAAUUCACAGUUGAACAGACAAUGAAACGCAAAUUGAUUUUUUAUUAUUUAUUAUACGCUUUCCCAUGCUUAAUUCUAAUUUACAUAACUCGACAUUAAAAACAUAAGGUACGGCAUCUAUAAUUGUAUUUUUACCGUUUGAAAGUCGUACUGCUGAUACAUGGGAUACGAUUUAAUGACAAACAUUCUUCAAAGAAUAUUACAUUGAUCUGAAGAACACGAGUCAAAACUUCCAGAAAAAUAAAACAUACCACAGUACAUAUAGAGGCGAUAUAAGAAAAACAGAAUGAUCCAACUUGUGCUUCUGAUGUCGGGAUAACCUAUCUUCAUUCUUACCUACAAAUCAAUCAGUGUCUUUAAGACAUCUUCGGACUAGUUACAGAAUACAAGGAACAUCAAAUCUAUAAUAUAGUUCACUGGUUCAUUUAGAUCAAUAUGUAAUUCGCUUAACUUUAAUCAUCCCUUUUUAUAACAAUAUA